AUCAGCUCCGCGCCGACGUCUGAGAGGACAAGCAAAAACGACCACAAUAUCUCCGAACCACAUACCUGACUUGCAACCCGGUCGAUCAAAUUCUCAGAUCUUUUUCAGAGUUCAUCUUGUCAUCAGUUUGUUUCGACUUAACGUCAGCAAAACAUCAAAAGCAGCUUGUGUCAUACGAUGGCUGCAUCCCAGUUCCGCUUCCCCUUCCUCGCGGGCGCGGGUGCCCUGGCCUUUGCAACGGCCCAGGCCUCACUCUACGAUGUCAAGGGUGGCACAAGGGCGGUCAUCUUUGACCGUCUGACUGGAGUCAAGGACACCGUCGUCAACGAGGGCACUCACUUCCUUAUCCCAUGGCUGCACCGCGCCAUCAUCUUCGACGUCCGCACCAAGCCGCGGAUGAUCGCCACCACAACGGGAAGCAAGGAUUUGCAAAUGGUCAGCUUGACGCUGAGGGUACUUCACCGGCCCGAGGUGAAGGCUCUACCCAAGAUAUACCAGAACCUCGGCACAGACUACGACGAGCGUGUCCUCCCCUCCAUCGGUAACGAAGUCCUCAAGUCCAUCGUCGCCCAAUUCGAUGCGGCCGAGCUCAUCACGCAACGUGAGGCCGUUUCGCAGCGCAUCCGUACAGAUCUGAUGAAGCGCGCAUCCGAGUUCAAUAUCGCGCUUGAGGACGUCUCCAUCACCCACAUGACUUUCGGCAAGGAGUUCACCAAGGCCGUCGAGCAGAAGCAGAUCGCCCAGCAGGACGCUGAGCGCGCCCGCUUCAUCGUCGAGAAGGCCGAGCAGGAGCGCCAAGCCAACGUCAUCAGGGCCGAGGGUGAGGCCGAGAGCGCAGAGACCAUCUCCCGUGCCAUCGCCAAGAGCGGCGACGGACUCGUGCAGAUCAGGAAGAUCGAGGCGAGCAGAGAGAUCGCGCAGACGCUCGCCUCAAACCCAAAUGUCGCUUACCUUCCGGGUGGCAAGCAGGGCACUAACAUUCUGUUGAAUGCCGGCAGGGCUUAAAGGUGGACGGACGGGUUGAAGAAGAAAAAGAAAAUCUUAAAAAGGAGUUUUCCGUGUAUUACUAGUGUUUGCGUUGCGGGAAAAUCAUGUACCUUCUCCCCUUCAGCCGUGAUAAUAUUACCAGCCAUAGCGGCAUUUUAUGCAUCAUAUGCCACG